UAAAAGAAGCAAAUUUGAGUUGGUUUUGGGCUUUGGCGUCAGCUUCGAGAAAUUGUGCGCGACAACGUAGCAAACAGUGUAAAUGGAGCUUUGAUAGCGAACGGAAGGACAAAACUACUGCCGCUGCUCAAAGCUGAUCUCAAGUCGAGUGUUUUUUAACAUAGUGAUUCGAACAAAAAAAAAUAAUAGAAACUGCUGACAUAUCAUAGAAACUGUGCGUGUGUUUUUAACUCUACAAAAUGGCAAAACUCUUUGUUGUUUUUGCCGUUUUGGCUUUGGCGGCCAUUGGCGCAGCCAAUGCCGAAGAAGCGCGCGUUAAGCGUCAAGCCACAACCGAGGAGCCCAAGAAGGAGGAGUCUUUCGAGAAGGAGCUGUGCAAGGACAAAGAUGCCGGCGAAUGGUUCCGUUUGGUAGCUGGCGAAGGUGACAACUGUCGCGAUGUCAUUCAGUGCACCUCAUCGGGCCUGCAAGCCAUUCGUUGCCCAGCCGGUCUGUACUUCGAUAUUGAGAAGCAGACCUGUGACUGGAAGGAGUCGGUGAAGAACUGCAAGGGCAAGAACAAGGAGCGUCGUGUGAAGCCUCUGCUGCACACAGACGAGCCGCUCUGCCAGGAUGGUUUCCUCGCCUGCGGUGAUGGCAACUGCAUUGAGCGCGGCCUUUUCUGUAACGGCGAGAAGGAUUGCUCAGAUGGUUCCGAUGAGAAUACUUGCGAUAUCGACAACGAUCCGAAUCGCGCACCACCCUGUGACCCUGCCGUCUGCGUGCUGCCCGAUUGCUUCUGCUCGGAGGAUGGCACCUCGAUACCCGGCGAUUUGCCUGCCAAGGAUGUGCCCAUGAUGAUCACGAUAACGUUCGAUGAUGCAAUCAACAACAACAACAUUGAGCUGUACAAGGAGAUCUUCAAGGGUCGCAAGAAUCCCAAUGGCUGCGACAUCAAGGCCACCUAUUUCGUCUCCCACAAGUACACCAACUAUUCGGCGGUGCAGGAGACUUCGCGUAAGGGUCACGAGAUUGCUGUGCACUCGAUCACGCACAACGAUGAGGAGCGUUUCUGGUCGAAUGCGACGGUCGAUGACUGGGCCAAGGAAAUGGCCGGCAUGAGGAUUAUCAUUGAGAAAUAUGCGAAUAUUACGGACAAUUCGGUUGUAGGUGUGCGUGCUCCAUAUCUGCGUGUCGGCGGCAACAAUCAGUUCACCAUGAUGGAGGAGCAGGCCUUCCUCUACGACUCGACCAUUACAGCUCCACUAUCGAACCCACCAUUGUGGCCAUACACCAUGUACUUCCGCAUGCCCCAUCGCUGCCACGGCAAUCUGCAGAGCUGCCCCACGAGAUCGCACGCCGUGUGGGAGAUGGUGAUGAAUGAGUUGGAUCGUCGUGAGGAUCCCGCCAAUGAUGAAUAUCUGCCUGGCUGUGCCAUGGUGGACUCCUGCUCGAACAUCCUGACUGGCGAUCAGUUCUACAAUUUCCUGAAUCACAAUUUCGAUCGCCAUUACGAUCAGAAUCGUGCACCGCUUGGUUUGUACUUCCAUGCCGCCUGGCUGAAGAACAAUCCCGAGUUCCUGGACGCCUUCCUCUACUGGAUCGAUGAGAUCCUGGCCAAUCACAAUGAUGUGUACUUUGUGACCAUGACACAGGUGAUACAGUGGAUGCAAAAUCCACGCACCAUCAGCGAGGUCAAGAACUUCGAGCCCUGGAGGGAGAGGUGCGUGGUGGAGGGCAGACAAGCCUGCUGGGUGCCAAAUACCUGCAAGCUGACCUCCAAGGAGGUUCCCGGGGAGACCAUCAACCUGCAAACCUGCGUCAGAUGCCCCAACAACUACCCAUGGGUCAAUGAUCCCACUGGCGAUGGUUUCUUCUAAGUCAGCGUGCGAGAGAGUAAGAGAGAUAGAGAGAGAGCGCGAUUGUGAGAGAGCGAAGGAGAUAGUGCGUUCGCAUCCAAGCAGCCCCAAUCCAAAUUCCUACAGUCACCUACACACUACUCGACUUUUAUUAUUUCAAUAUACUCAAGACUUCUUUUAUAUUGUACUUUUUAUUUCGACUGUGCCGCGUUUUAAAACGCUACAAAAACGCGCUCGGCUAAGUCUGCUGUGUUACGUUAUUAAAAAACAAAAAAAAACAAAACAAAACAAUGAAAACAAACAAAAAGAACAACAAAAUUGACAAAUGACAA